AUUUAAACAGGGCAACAAAACACCGCCGACACCGGUUUGUGAUUAGCUUAAACAAAUAUCGAUGUUUACAUCGAGGAGUUGAGAGAUCCUAAAGCACCGACCGUUGGCUCUGAUCUGGGACAGGACACCAACAGCAAGUGCUUCCGACGGUUUGACCAUAUCAAGAUGGAUCAGUACUUCAGUGGUUACCACCUGUUGACAUUGGGGCUGUCCACACUCGCCUUUGGUUCUCUGUUCGGCCUGAAGCGGUUGGGGUUGCUUUAUCAAUGGAGACAUAAGGUUGAUUCCAAGAUAAAAAAAAAUGGUGGAGAUUUAGUGGCAGAAACUCUAAAGGCUCAUGGUGUCAAGAACAUAUUCACCUUAGUUGGUGGUCAUAUAUCUCCAAUCCUGGUUGCCUGUGAAAGACUUGGUAUUAGAGUUGUUGACACACGACAUGAAGUUACCAGUGUUUUUGCAGCUGAUGCUGUUGCUAGAAUGUCUGGGACAAUUGGUGUGGCUGCUGUCACUGCAGGACCAGGUGUCACUAACACUGUGACUGCUGUCAAGAACGCUCAGAUGGCAGAAUCUCCAGUUUUGCUCAUAGGUGGCGCUGCAGCAACAUUGCUCAAGGGCCGUGGAUCUUUGCAAGACAUUGACCAGCUUUCCUUGUUUAAGUCUCUAUGUAAAUUCACAGCCUCAGUGUUGACUGUUAAAGAAAUUGUACCAACACUACAGAAAGCUAUCCAAACAGCUCAAAGUGGAACACCAGGCCCAGUUUUUGUUGAAUUCCCCAUUGAUGUUCUCUAUCCUUAUGAAACUGUGAAGAAAGAAUUAGGAAUGAAAGAUUCUGGCAAAGGUUUGAUGCAGAAAAUUGUGAACUGGUAUCUCCAGAAUCACUUGAACAAUUUGUUCUCGGGUGCUUUUGAAGACCGUAAUAUGUCUCCUCUUCAUGUGGACAUACCGAAGCCUUCUAACUCUCAAGUGCAGAAAUGUGCCGAGUUACUCUCCAAGGCCAAGAAACCUGUAUUCUUAUUGGGAAGUCAAAUUACACUGCCACCAGUUCCCGUAGAAAACCUAUGUCAAUCUCUAGAGAAUAUUGGUGUUCCAUGUUUCCUUGGUGGUAUGUCACGUGGACUUUUAGGAAGAAAUAACCCUUUACAGAUGAGACAGCAGCGUCGGGAUGCACUGAAAGAGGCUGACCUUAUUAUUCUUGCUGGAACUGUUUGUGAUUUCCGUCUUGGCUAUGGUCGGUCACUGAACCGAAAAGCGAAAAUAAUUGCUGUCAACCGUUCCAAAGAACAACUGCAUAAAAAUUCUGAUAUGUUUUGGAAACCAACUGUUGCCAUCCAGGGAGAUGCUGCUACAUUUGUCACUCAACUGUCUUCAACACUUCAAGGUUACAAGUGUGACCCAGAAUGGUUGUCCACAUUACGGGAAAGAGAUAAUCUGAAAGAGAAUGCAAACAAGAAAAAAGGUGAAGAAAAAACAGAUAAACACCUGAAUCCUGUGAAACUGUUACAACUGACUGAAGAGAUUCUUACAGACGACAGCAUUCUUGUAGCUGAUGGCGGUGACUUUGUGGGUACUGCUUCCUACAUUCUCAGACCACGUGGCCCUUUAUGUUGGUUAGAUCCUGGUGCUUUUGGAACUCUUGGUGUUGGUGGAGGAUUUGCACUUGGCGCCAAAAUUUGUCGUCCCGAAAGCGAUGUGUGGAUUAUAUAUGGUGAUGGUUCUCUUGGAUUUAGUGUGGCUGAGUUUGAUACUUUUACACGACACAAGCUGCCUGUUAUCGCUCUUGUUGGCAAUGAUGCUGGUUGGACCCAGAUUUUAAGGGAACAAGUACCAAUGUUUGGCAGCAGCGUCGCCUGCGAUCUAAGUUUCUCGUCCUACCAUACUGUUGCCCAGGGUUUUGGCGGUAAAGGUUACCAACUGGACAGAAGCAACGAAGAACAGAUGUCGACAAUACUCAGACAAUGCCAAAAGGAUGCCAGGGAAGGUCACAGUGUUCUGAUUAACGCUUUGAUUGGUAAAACUAACUUCCGUGAAGGCAGCAUAUCUGUUUAACAACUGCAGCAGCAACAACACUUGGAACAACAACAACCAUAAUAAUAAUAAUAAUAAUAAUAAUAAAUGAUAAUGAUAAUAAACAAUAACAGUACAAUGCAAUUUGUAGGAAAAGCACUUUGUUUAUUGAAUUAAACAAAUUGAACAAUAUUUUGAGAUUGUUCUCAAGUUCAAAAUGUAAAAUAAAAAGAAUAUAUUGUUAUAUUUCUCAAUGGUC